UGAUUCGUAGAUGUGCCGUGUGAGAUACGUGUCGAGGAAAGACAAUGUCAUCGUGUAAGCAUGAUGACCCGGUGCCGACAACAUACGGGUUAGUAAAAAGUCACUUACAUAUAGAACACCUGGAGAUCGUGUGAUGCGUGUGCAUUCUUGCUUCUUCCACGACAGUCAUGUCUGAAAAGGCAUCCGUUCAUAGCGAAGCCAAGUCCGAAGAGACUGCUGCCAUUCUCCCGGAACAGGAAGGCCAUCCUCAGCGAGCACGAUGGCAACGCAUCCCAUUUAUUCCAACGACCGCACCUCCUCCGAAGGCGUCCAUCCAAGAAGCAGAAAUUUUGCCCGAAACCCAUGCGAACUGGUUCGAAAUCCUUACCUUUGGCUGGAUUACUGGUCUGCUCGCCCUUGGGUAUGCUCGCCCACUGGAGGCCCCGGAUCUCUACAAGCUGCAAGACAACCGCGGAGCAGCGUUCAUUGGUGAACAGAUUACUGCAUCCUUUGAAAAGAGACGCUUGGCCGCGGCAGAAUACAACCGCCGUUUGUUGAAUGGUGACGUCAAGCCCGGCAUGAAAGCGUUGUGGUGGACUCUUCGAGGAAAUCGAGCUGAGCGGGAGAGGAAGUGGAGGGAAAAGGAUGGUCAACGCAAGGCGAGCCUCGUAUUUGCUAUGAACGACAGCAUAAAAUGGUGGUUUUGGACUGCUGGUAUAUUGAAGGUGCUCGGCGACACGGCUCAGGUUACCAGCCCACUUCUUGUCAAGGCCAUCAUCAAAUUUGCUACAGAUUCUUACACCGGACAUCGGACGGGCGACUAUGCUUCCAUCCCACCAAUCGGCAAAGGUAUCGGUUUGACCUUUGGCUUGCUGGGGUUGCAGGUUGUCACGUCGCUAUGCACGCACCACUUCUUUUACCGGUCUGCGUCCACAGGCGUUCUCAUACGUGGUGGUCUAAUCAACGCGAUUUAUGCACGGUCCCUUCGACUGACCUCUCGCGCCCGAUCGAAGCUCACGAACGGUCUGAUAAUGAACCACAUCUCGACGGACGUGUCGCGAAUCGACUUUUGUGCAGGGUUUUUCCAUAUGGCUUGGACUGCGCCGAUUCAACUGAUCAUAUGUCUCGUUCUUCUUCUGCUGAACCUGGGCCCUAGCGCUUUGGCUGGUUUCGCGUUUUUCGUGAUUGCCGCCCCAGCUCAGACGAUGGUUAUGAAGAAAAUGUUUGCAUUCCGGGCGAAUGGUAUGAAGUGGACCGACAAACGUGCCAAACUUCUCCAAGAACUGCUCGGAGGCAUGAAGGUGGUCAAGUUCUUUGCAUGGGAAAUCCCGUUUGCGAAGAGAAUAUGGGAGUUUCGACAGAAGGAGAUGUCUUUCGUACGCUCGUUGCUUCUCGUGAGGGCUGCUAACAAUGCCGUCGCUCUAUCUAUGCCUGCGUUGGCGUCAGUACUCGCAUUUGUCACUUACUCCGUAACUGGACACCAGCUUCAGCCAUCUGUCAUCUUUGCUUCUCUGACCUUAUUCCAACUCCUUCGUUUGCCUCUGAUGUUCCUUCCCGUAUCCUUUUCCGCCAUUGCUGAUGCCCAAAAUGCUACCCAGCGCCUCUAUGGCGUCUUCGAAGCAGAAACAUUGGAGGACACCUUUGAUCGCGAAGAUGACCUCGAUGUUGCUGUUGAGGUUAAGAACGUUUCCUUCACUUGGGAUGCGCCACCCCCAGAAGUGGCUGAAGGGAAGAAGGGGAAGAAAGAUAAGAAGAAGAAGAGAAAGACCGAAGCUGACUCUUCGUCGGCGGAGGAGGUCUUUGAAUUGAAAGACAUCUCCCUUAGUAUACCCCGCGGACAGCUUGUUGCUAUUGUUGGUGCCGUGGGUGCUGGAAAAACGUCUUUGCUCCAGGGUAUGAUUGGUGAGAUGAGGCGGGUUCCGAAUGUGAAUGGGGACAAAGGAACGAUCAAGUUCGGCGGGAGUGUUGGAUACUGCCCCCAGAGCGCAUGGAUCCAAAAUGCGACAAUUCGAGACAACAUAUGUUUUGGACGUCCCUUUGAGGAAGGCAAAUACUGGCAAGCCGUCAAAGACUCGUGUUUAGAGCCUGAUCUUGACAUGCUACCUAAUGACGACAUGACAGAAGUCGGCGAGAAGGGCAUUUCGUUAUCAGGAGGUCAGAAACAACGUAUGAAUAUCUGUCGUGCCAUCUACUGCGAUACAGAUAUCCAGAUCUUUGAUGAUCCUCUGUCGGCCCUCGAUGCUCAUGUAGGAAAAGCGGUCUUCCAGAAUGUCCUGCGGAACGCCGCGUCUGGAAAGACGCGUAUAUUGGUUACACACGCGUUGCACUUUCUUCCACAAGUGGAUUACAUCUUCACUAUUGCGGGUGGACGUAUAGCAGAGCGAGGGACUUACGAUGAACUCAUGCAUAAAGACGGGGAGUUUUCAAAGUUCUACAAAGAGUUCGGGAGUAAAGAGGAGAAGGAAGAGGAGGAGAAGAUAGAAGAGGAGACUAUUGAAGACAUCGAAAAGGAGAGAGAGCCUCAGGACGAUCUUAAGAAGAAGGUUACUUCGGGGCCUGCACUGAUGCAAGCGGAGGAACGGAAUACUGGCGCCAUUAGUUGGUCUGUGUAUAAGCAGUACUCAGAUGCAGGCAGGGGACAUAUCGUGUUGCCCAUAUUGUUUUUCUCUCUUGUCUUUGUCCAGGGUGCUACAGUGAUGGCGUCAUACUGGCUGGUAUACUGGCAGGAAGACAAAUGGGAUCGCCCACAAGGGUUUUAUAUGGGAAUCUACGCAAUGCUAGGUGUAGCGCAAGCCCUUGCAUUCUUCGUCAUGGGAAGUACGUUUGCUAUAUUGACGUAUUUUGCAAGCCAGCGUUUGCAUAGUCUAGCGGUCGACCGUAUUAUGCGCGCACCUAUGUCGUUCUUCGAGACUACACCACUUGGUAGGAUCAUGAACCGAUUUUCGAAAGACAUUGAUACGAUUGACAAUCUUUUGGGAGAUGCCUUGCGAAUGUUCGCCGGAACGACAUCGUCAAUCCUUGGUGCCAUCAUCUUGAUAGCGAUUAUCUUGCCGUGGUUCUUGAUUGCUGUCUUUAUCAUUCUCAUUGUCUACAUCUAUGCCGCCGCCUUCUAUCGAGCGAGUGCCCGGGAAUUGAAACGACUUGAUGCUGUCCUGAGAUCGACAUUGUACUCUCACUUUUCUGAGUCACUUUCAGGCUUGGCAACUAUCCGUGCAUAUGGCGAGUCUGAGCGCUUCCUUAAAGAAAAUGAGGAACGAAUCGAUAUGGAAAACCGAGCUUAUUGGUUGACUGUCACCAACCAGCGUUGGCUGGGUAUACGCCUGGACUUUUUGGGGGCUCUCCUAACUUUUAUUGUCGCGAUGCUGACUGUUGGGACGAGAUUCAGUAUCUCUCCGGCACAAACGGGUGUUACGCUUUCGUACAUCCUGAGUGUGCAACAGGCGUUCGGAUGGCUUGUCCGUCAAAGCGCAGAGGUUGAAAAUGACAUGAAUUCGGUGGAGCGAGUAGUACAUUAUGCGACAGAAAUUGAACAGGAGGCUCCGCAUGUGUUACCCGAUAGCAAGGUUCCUGAAUCUUGGCCGUCUGUGGGUCACGUAGAACUGAAGGAUGUGGUAUUAAGCUACAGGCCUGGACUUCCCGCUGUCCUCAAGGGUAUAACUAUGACUGUCAAAGCUGGAGAAAAAAUUGGUAUAGUUGGACGAACUGGGGCAGGGAAAAGUUCUAUCAUGACUGCCCUGUAUCGCUUAGUCGAACUUUCCUCUGGAUCAAUUCACAUUGACGGUGUUGACAUCUCCACCGUUGGCUUGACGGAAUUGCGAAAAAGCCUGUCAAUCAUUCCUCAAGAUGCUUUAUUGUUCUCUGGAACCCUCCGGUCUAACCUUGAUCCUUUUAAUUCACAUGAUGAUGCGAAAUUAUGGGACGCGUUGAAGCGAUCAUACCUUGUGGAAUCGCCGGCGAAGACAGUCGCAGAUGAGAAUGGCGAUGUAUCUACCCCAAUUAACAGAUUCAGCCUCGAUACUGUCAUUGAAGAUGAGGGUGCAAAUCUAUCCAUUGGACAGCGGUCGUUGGUGUCCCUUGCGAGAGCUCUAGUUAAGGACUCCAGAAUACUCAUACUUGAUGAGGCUACAGCGUCUGUCGAUUACGAGACUGACAGAAAUAUCCAGAACACAAUUACCCACGAAUUCCAGGAUCGCACGAUUCUAUGCAUAGCUCAUCGCUUGCGCACAAUCAUAUCAUACGACCGUAUAUGCGUUCUUGACGCUGGCGAGAUUGCUGAAUUUGAUACCCCCUCACAAUUAUACCAAAAGACCGAUGGGAUUUUCAGGGGAAUGUGUGAUCGGUCAUCGAUCACACUAGAUGACAUCAGACUCGCUUCUACCACGAAAGUUGACAAUGAACACCGUUUGCCCGAUGUUCAGGUUCAUGAUAAUGAUUAGACUGUAGUAAUGUAAUCUUACGGUUCACAAAAUGGUCGGUACUUGGAGAUGUAUUGUUGACGUUGUAAGAUUACCUACGAAGAUGUACAUGAACCCAAAUCAGUGAGAACUCGAUGAAUCCAGUUGGCUA